AUGAUUCCUCUUCUUUCUCUUGAUGAAUUUGAAAUUGAAGGCCGCGUUGGUGGAGGAACUUACGCAAAUGUUUUUGAAGCCAUACGUAAGGAUAAUGGUCAAAGAUUUGCACUUAAAAAAGUAAAAUAUUUCUCAAAUGUCCCAGGAAUUCCAUUUGAAUUCAUUCGAGAAAUCAAAUCGAUGCAUUCGAUCAACAACAGUAACAUCAUUCAUCUCAAUGGUAUAAUUGCAAAUGAAAAAUCACGAGAAAUUUACGCAGUUUUAGAUUAUUACAAAUACGACUUAUCGGAAUUAAUUCAUGGUGGAUAUCUUCGAAAUAAAUGCAAAGAUUAUAUCAGAAUUAUAUUUUCUCAAAUUGCAUCUGGCUUAAAUGCAAUUCAUCAGUCUGGAUAUAUGCAUAGAGACAUUAAGCCUGCCAACAUUCUCAUCAAUGAUGAAGGUAAAAUUGUUAUAUGUGACCUAGGCUUAUGCAGACGAGUUAUUCCUUCAACAAGGUAUUCAUCCAACGUCGAAGCCCUUCCUUAUCGUGCUCCCGAAGUAUACAAGAACAGCUAUAACCAAAAGAUUGACGUCUGGAGCCUCGGAUGCGUUCUAUUCGAACUUUGCACGCAUCAACUUUUAUUUGAACCAAAACCUAACGAUAUCUCCAUGGCUGGUGAACUCGCCCAUGUCUGUAAUGUACCAAUUGAAUGUAUUACUAACGCAGAAAAUUCAGAAAAUCAAAAUUUAGAUAAAUGUACAAUAGAAAAGAUCAAAUGCAAGGAAUGCAGUGAAUGUUACGACUUACUUGCUCAUAUGCUUGUAAUAAAUCCAGAAAAAAGAUAUUCCAUGGAAGAUAUAAUGAAACAUCCUUAUGUUAGCGAAAAUACAAAGACUACAAUAGAGAUAAACGGAAAAGAAAUCCGUUCUGAUGACGAAGAUUAA